AUGAGGAUGGACCUUGGUGGCUUUGCCCUCCUCCUCCUCCUCAGCCCCCUGGACGCGCUGUCAGCUCCCUGUGACAACGGUGGCACCGCCGUGGGACCCGUUUGCAUGUGUCCUCCUGGCUACAACGGGACCCGCUGCGAGACCUGGGACCCCUCCAGCGCCUGUCACAAUGGUGGCACCGCCGUGGGCACCAAGUGCUAUUGUCCCCCAGGCUUUGGGGGUGCCCUGUGUGAGCACCCCAAUGCCACCAGUGCCUGCAGGAACGGGGCCACCGCCUUCGGCACCUCCUGCCUAUGUCCUCCAGGGUACUGGGGAGAGGUUUGCCAGCACCACCAGGAGGUCACCUCGUGCCUCAAUGGGGGGACACUGGUGGAAGGGGCCUGUCAUUGCCCCCCGAGUGCAUGGGGACCUCGGUGUGAGUGCACCGGCCCCACUGCCACCACCACGGUCAUCACCGUGGUCACCGUGAUAGGCAGUGAGAAGGCCUCGGCGACGAUGGUGUCCAUGGAACACAUCACGCGUCCCAUGGAGAGCAAUGUCCUGAUUGGUGUGGAGAGGAGCAGCACGGUCACUGCCAUGGAGAGGAGCACCGUGGUCACGGAUAAUAACACCACGGUUGUGGAGAGGAGCACCAUGAUCACAGAGAGCAAAACCACAGACAACAUGGAGACCAACACCAUGGUCACGGAGAGGAACACCACUGUCAACCCUAUGGAGAGGAGCACCAUGGCCAUGGAGAGGAGCACUAUGGCCACACUAGAGACAACCAUAGAGGGGAACACCACAGCCAACCCCAUGGAGAGGAGCACCACAGCCAACCCCAUGGAGAGGAGCACCACAGCCAACUCCAUGGAGAGGAGCACCAUGGCCAACCCUAUAGAGAGCAACACCACAACCAUGGAGAGGAGCACCAUGGUCAUGGACACCACCACCACGGCCAUGGAAAGUGACACCACAGCCAUGGAGAGGAGCACUAUGGCCACACUAGAGACAACCAUAGAAGGGAACACCACAGCCAGCCCCAUGGAGAGGAGCACCACGGCCAUGGAGAGGAGCACUAUGGCCACACUAGAGACAACCAUACAGGGGAACACCACAGCCAACCCCAUGGAGAGGAGCACCAUGGCCAACCCUAUGGAGAGCAACACCACGAGCAACCCUAUGGAGAGCAACACCACAACCAUGGAGAGGAGCACCAUGGCCACACUAGUGACCCCAAUAGAGGGCAACAGCACAACCAACCCCAUGGAGAGGAGGACCAUGGUCAUGGAAAUCAACACCAUGGCCAACCCCAUGGAAAAGACCACCAUGGUCAUGGACAACACCACCAUGGCCAUGGAAAACAGCACCACAGCCAUGGAAAGAAGCACCAUGGUCAUGGAGAGCAACACCAUGGUCAUGGAGAGCAACACCAUGGCCAACCCUAUGGACACAAACACCAUGGCCAACCCCAUAGAAGGUAACACCACGGCAAACCCUAUGGAGAGCAACACCAUGAUCAUGGAGAGGAACACCACGGCCAUGGAGAGGAGCACCAUGGCCACACUAGAGACAACCAUAGAGGGGAACACCACAGCCAGCCCUAUGGAGAGGAACACCAUGGUCAUGGAAAGCAACACCAUGGCCAACCCUAUGGAGAGGAACACCACAGCCGUGGAGAGGAGCACCAUGGUCACGGACACCACCACCACAGCCAUGGACAGUGACACCACAGCCAUGGAGAGGAGCACCAUGGCCACACUAGAGACAACCAUACAGGGGAACACCACAGCCAACCCCAUGGAGAGGAACACCACAGCCAUGGAGAGGAGCACUAUGGCCACACUAGAGGCAACCAUAGAGGGGAACACCACAGUCAACCCCAUGGAGAGGAGCACCACAGCCAACCCCAUGGAGAGGAACACCACAGCCAUGGAGAGGAGCACCAUGGCCACACUAGUGACCACAAUAGAGGGCAACAGCACAGCCAACCCUAUGGAGAGGAGCACCAUGGUCAUGGAGAGGAACACCACAGCCAUGGAGAGGAGCACCAUGGCCACACUAGUGACCCCAAUAGAGGGCAACAGCACAACCAACCCUAUGGAGAGGAGCACCAUGGUCAUGGAGAGGAACACCACGGUCAUGGACAAUGACACCAUGGUCAUGGAGAGCAACACCACAUCCAUGGAGAGCAUCCCCGCGACUCCCAGCAGUGCCAUUGCCACCCCAGCUCCAGCUCAGCCCAACGCCACACACAACAUCCCCAUAGAUGCCACCACAGUGUGUGCCGGGACCUGCACCAGCCCCACCACAGUGUCCACCACCAGCACCCCGUGGUCCUCUCCAACCAGCAUCACCACCACCAUCACCAACAGCACCAUGGCCACACUCUGCCUCUACCUCCCGCAUGGGUCCAGCCCUCCAGCCAUCUCGUGCCUGCACGGCGGCGUGCUCAAUGCCACUGCGUGUCUGUGCCCCCCUGGUUACUCGGGUGCCCGGUGCGAGGAGCCCGACGCCAGCACCCGCUGCUCCAGUGGCAGCACCGCCGUGGGGCCGAUCUGCAUCUGCCCCCCCGGGCGCACGGGGCCGCGCUGCGACACCCUGGACCCAGGCAGCGCCUGCAGGAACGGCGGCACCGCCGUGGGCACCGAGUGCUUCUGCCCCCAGGGCUUCCAUGGAGCCCGCUGUGAGAGCGGCCUCCACAGCGCGGCCACCACCUCUGCAGGGGACACCGCGGCACCGACCACCCCCAGCUCCAUCCGCACCACCACAGAGCCCUGCCAGAACGGGGGUCACUGGGUGGGGACAGGUUGUCUCUGCCCCACCAAUGUGGUUGGAGACCGGUGCCAGUUUGGAGCAUCCACCAUCAACAUCACAGCAGAGCUGGGCCCCUCUGUGGCCAUGCUGGCACGUGUCACCAACCGGGACUUCCCAGAGGCCAUGGGGGACACCUCAUCCCGCAUCUACCGCAGCUUCGUGGAUGAGUUCGGCCGCACGAUGGAUCAGGUCUACCACAACAUCUCCUGGUACCGUGGUACCCGGGUCCUGGCCCUGGCAAAAGGCAGCGUGUUGGUGACCUACAAAGUCCUUCUGGACCCACCACAUGGAGACACCAACAUUGACCGUCGCGCCCAAGAGCUGCUGGAAGCUGCUCAGCCCCACAACUGCAGCCAUGGGGCAGAUGGGCUUUGCUUCAGCACAACCAGAGCUGCCUACGCCGAGGAGCCGGAGCUGAAUGCCACCGAGCUCUGCAGGAGACUCGCACCCGCCACCUUCAGCAGGUUCUACCACCCCUUCCGUGUGCAGGACAGUGUCCUCUGUGUCACCAACUGCACCCCCAACGUCCCCGGGGCCAUGGACUGUGGCCUCGGGCUCUGCCGGGUGACAACAGAGGGUCCCCGCUGCUUGUGA